UUCACCUUUCUUACUUCUACCCCCAUUCUUCUUUCAAAAGAGUCAACGUGUUGGACUUUUUGAAUGAAGCAGCGUCACUUCAAACAACACCACCAUGGACUCUCGCACCAUGGCCAACCUUUUCCUAGCCCAACUCAAUCACCCUUCCGCCACCCAAACCCUCGCCCGCGCCAUCCACGCCCACAUCCUCACCACCGGCUUCAGACUCACCCCUCUCAUCCGCAACCGCCUCAUUGAUAUCUACUGCAAAUCCUCCAACAUCCCUUACGCCCACCACUUGUUCGACAAAACGCCCAACCCAGACAUCUUCUCACGAACCACCCUCCUCUCAGCGUAUUCCGCCGCCGGCAACGUCAAGCUCGCCGAGAAACUCUUCAAUGCCACCCCGGUCACCCUCCGCGACACCAUCAGCUACAAUGCCAUGGUCAAAGCCUACUCCCACAACCUGGAUGGCCAUGCUGCUGUCAAGCUCUUCGUUCGCAUGAAGAGGGACGGUUUUGCACCCGACCCUUUUAGCUUCUCCACUGUGCUUGGCGCGAUGUCGUUGAUCGCGGAGGAGGAGUGGCAUUGCCAGCAGCUGCACUGUGAUGUUGUCAAGUGGGGUGUGAUGUGUGUGCCUUCUGUGUUGAACACGUUGUUGAGCUGCUACAUUUGUUGCGCUUCGUCGACUUUGGUUGAGUCUCCCGUGUUGAUGGCUUCUGCUAGGAAGCUGUUUGAUGAGGCGCCUUUGAGUCAGAAAGAUGAACCUUCAUGGACCACCAUGAUUGCUGGAUACGUGAGGAACGAUGAUCUCGCUUCCGCGAGGAAGCUUCUUGAUGGAAUGACUCAUCCAAUCGCCGUUGCGUGGAAUGCAAUGAUUUCUGGUUACGUGCGCCACGGUUUAUAUGAAGAGGCUUUUGACACAUUCAGGAAAAUGCACUCCAUGGGAAUUCAGAUGGAUGAGUAUACUUACACCAGUUUGAUCAGUGCUUCUUUUAAUACUGGGCUUUUCAAUUGUGGAAGGCAGUUGCAUGCUUAUGUUCUCAGGACAGUGGUGCAGCCUUCAGAGCAUUUUAUUCUGUCUGUGAAUAAUGCUUUGAUUACUUUUUAUACUAAGUGUGGUAAAUUGGUACAGGCAAGGGAGGUUUUUGAUAAGAUGCCUGUGAGGGAUCUUGUUUCGUGGAAUGCGAUUUUGUCGGGGUAUAUUAAUGCACGGAGACUUGAGGAAGCUAAGUUUAUUUUCAGGGAGGUGCCAGAGAGGAACCUGCUGACAUGGACUGUGAUGAUAUCAGGGUUAGCAGAGAGUGGUUUUGGAGAAGAAAGUUUGAAGCUGUUCAACCAGAUGAAGUCAGAGGGACUGGAACCGUGUGAUUAUGCAUAUGCUGGAGCGAUUAAAGCUUGUGGUGUUCUUGGAUCAUUGGAUAAUGGACAACAAAUUCAUUCUCAGGUGAUCCAGUUAGGUCAUGAUUCGAGUCUUUCUGCAGGGAAUGCGCUGAUCACUAUGUAUGCAAAGUGUGGUGUUGUUGGAUACGCUGAUAUGGUGUUUCUCACUAUGCCAUAUGUGGAUUCAGUAUCCUGGAAUGCCAUGAUCGCAGCUCUUGCACAGCAUGGACGUGGUGUUCAAGCCAUUCAACUUUAUGAGCAGAUGUUGAAGGAAGAUAUAUUGCCUGAUCGGAUAACUUUUCUCACAAUUCUUUCUGCUUGUAGCCAUGCAGGGUUGGUCAAAGAGGGACAGCAUUAUUUUGAUUCAAUGUGCACUCACUAUGGUAUGACGCCAGGGGAGGAUCAUUAUGCUCGUUUGAUUGAUUUGUUAUGUCGUGCCGGUAAGUUCUCAGAGGCAAAGAAGGUAACUGAGUCAAUGCCUUUUGAGCCAAGCGCACCUAUUUGGGAGUCUCUUCUUGCUGGUUGUCGGAUCCAUGGGAACAUUGAAUUGGGUAUUCAAGCUGCUGAGCGGCUCUUUGAGCUUACGCCCGAACAGGAUGGAACCUACAUAAUCCUUUCCAAUAUGUAUGCACACUUAGGUAAGUGGGAUGAAGUAGCCAGGGUGAGAAAAUUAAUGAGGGAAAGAGGGGUUAAGAAGGAACCUGGAUGUAGUUGGAUUGAGAUUGAAAACAUGGUCCAUGUGUUUUUAGUUGAUGAUGCUGUGCACCCUGAGGUGCAUGCAGUUUAUAAAUAUCUGGAGCAACUGGUCAUUGAAAUGAGGAAAUUGGGGUAUAUUCCUGAUACAAAGUUUGUAUUACAUGAUAUGGAAUCUGAGCAUAAAGAACAUGCCUUGUCCACCCACAGCGAAAAGCUAGCUGUUGUUUAUGGAAUUUUGAAGCUUCCUUUAGGAGCUACGAUUCGGGUUUUCAAAAAUUUGAGGAUGUGCGGGGACUGCCAUAAUGCAUUCAAGUUUAUUUCUAAAGUAGUAGAGCGAGAGAUAGUUGUGCGAGAUAGGAGAAGGUUUCACCAUUUUAGAAAUGGUGAGUGUUCUUGCGGGAACUACUGGUAGAAAGAGGUUCCGUAAUUUGAUUGUGAUCCAGGGUUAAUGUCAAAAGUGAUCAAGUGAAUUUAGGAUAUAUACAAAGUGAAGCCCGGGUUCAUUGCGAUCAGGAAUUCAAGGUUGAGAUUGAUAGUGGCCCCAAAAUGAUCUUCAAGAGGUUGAUCUAUGGACAUGGCAAAGCCGUUGUAAAGGAAUUUCAUGCUCUUCAGUUAACUUUUACAAACUGCAGGUUGGGAAUUUGCCUUCUCCUAAUGCAUUCCUCUUGCACAUGAGCUAAUUAUUUGCUAUUUCAAGUCAUUAACCAUGGGAAUAGAGGCCAGUAGCAAUAGUAAGAAAAAUCAAAUGAUUGUUCAUGAUGUGGCUAUGCCUUGAAUGCCCUGUCCAAGUCUUAAGCAUAGCUGCUGCGAAGAGAAAGAGAUAAAUGAGCCUAGAAUACAUUCUCAUGAUAUACAGAUGGAGGACUAUCUAUACUAUUAUAGUCUUUGCCUUUCUGAUUUUGGUGACUUGUGAAUCAAAUACGACAGUGAACCUUUACAACCAAGAAUCAUCCUGACCAUCUAGAUGACUUACACAGUUCAGCUAUUUCUUCUUCUUUUUUGGCUGCCUCUACCACAUGAUAUAAAUUUAUAAUAUUCAUCCAUUAUACAUCAAGUGAACAAUAUAAUUUAUCCAAUUUGUGAAUUUUGUUGAAGAAUUUGAGACACUGUUUUUUGUACUUUAUACAUGUAGGCCAUGUAAGUAUCAUAAUCACUUGACAGUUGACAAUGGUGGUAAAUAAAAACUAUCCAACCUUUUUAAUUGAAAAGAAAAAUAAUAGUUGCAUUCAACCCCACCACCCUGAACCAACCUCGGAUAUAGAAGAACCCAACAACAUGGUUGUUGAUGAAGAACAAGAAUAGGAACCAAAAGGUUAACCAUAAAACGAUGUUUCCGUAGAGGAAGAACCAAGAACAAAAGCAGCACCAGAGCUAGAACUAGCAGAAGAAAGACUAGAAGACAAUGCAAAAGCUUUGAACCAGGCUGCCGCGUCGGAAUCUAUUGUUCCGAAUAUCCCAAAUGAAAGCAACAACAAUGAAGAAGACCUUAGAUUAGAGGAUGAACCUGACAGGAAGCUUCUAGAACCCUUCACU